AUGCUGCUGCUGCUGAUGCUGCUGUUUUUGAUUUGGUUUGAUGUUGGUCUGUUUUUCCUUUGAUGGAGAUAGCCGUCGUCUCUCUGGGUGGGAGGGAGGUUGGGAGCUGCUCGGCGCGCUUGCAGAGCGUGAUGCUGCACGACUUUUUUGUCUUUGUUUGACCAGAAGGAAUCCAGCCGGUCAAUUUAGAGCUUGGAAAGGUACCUAGGUACCUGGGUACAUAAAAUCAUAGGUACCGGACCCACCUGAAUUCCAAAGCUCUAGAGUGAAUGUAGGUGGGUUACCCACCUUGAAGAAGAGCCGCAACCCUCCAACAACCCGCAGUUCCUCCAAGUCAUCUUCCCUGUGCUUUCAACCUCUAUCAUCCUCAAUUCCCCACAAUGCCAGGCGUCCGAAGCACUGUAGAUCGGCUCGAUAGGCCGAGCGCUUACUACAACAAUAGGAAUAAGCGCCGGAGGAGCGACAAGGACCAUCGAGAUGGAGAUGACGAGUCUGGCCAGCCAGAGCAACCACAGGAGGACCCAUUGAAGGAUGCGACGACCCUCUACGUUGGCAACUUGUCAUUCUACACAACCGAGGAGCAAGUAUACGAGCUGUUCAGCAAAUGUGGGGAGAUCAAACGGCUAGUAAUGGGCCUUGACAGGUUCAACAAAACCCCGUGCGGAUUCUGCUUCGUCGAGUACUACACCCAUCAAGACGCCCUGGACUGCAUGAAAUAUAUCGGCGGCACCAAGUUGGACGAGCGCAUCAUCCGGACCGAUCUCGACCCCGGAUUUGAGGAAGGCAGGCAGUAUGGGAGGGGCAAGUCUGGAGGUCAGGUUCGGGACGAGUAUCGCGAGGAUUAUGAUGAGGGCAGAGGAGGCCAUGGCAGAGCUCUCCAUGACGCGGCGAGGCUGAGAGAGGUUGAACGCAGAGACCUGGAGUCGGAUGUUGGACGUUUGAGAUAGGGGUGGUAAACCUAUGGUAGACUCUACCGACACGAGGGAAGAGAUUGAGGAUACCCCAGAAGAGGAUGAGCUUAUCAAUAGGGCUGUGGGCAUUCAUUCUGGUGAUACAUAUGCCGUAGAUACAACACUACAGCAGCUCAGAGCAGAGAUACGAGCUUCAUGCGAGACUUGCCCAUGCCAAAGUCUCUGCUCAUAUAUCGCACACGCGGGCUAUGAAUACAAUCAAUGGCAAC